CAACCAGACCGCUCAUCUCGUCCUCUGCAGGCCUAUCCAGCGCGACCCAAUUCCUCAGAUCCGCCCAAAAAAGUCCCCAAAACACGGACAUACAAACUGAUCUAGCAGAUCGCAUGAACCGGGUAGGCAUCUCCACCUCCACACCCCGUUAUGAAGACGACGACGACGCAGAGCACUAUUUUCGCAACCCGGACGUCAUCUACGGCGUCCACGACACUAUCUCAACAUCCGACCCCGAAAGCCCGCCCUCCUCCCCGGAACCCACCGAUUUCUCAUACUCCUCCAUCGCACGGAGUAACGUCCUCAUCCCCGACGGGGUAGAGGCGUUCUACCCAUCCAAACACCACGAGGGCGAUGCACAGCCUGAGGAACGCGAACCCCUGUGCCCGUUCGCGAUGCAGGGCCGGUGUCGGUAUGGCGAGCAUUGUCGGUAUAGACAUGGGGACGCGUGUCCUGUUUGUGGGAAGAUGUGUUUGGAUCCUUUGGAUGGGGUGGAGGUUCAUCAAGAACACAUCAAGCAAUGCGAACAGGAACAGCAUAACCGGGUAGACCUCGCUGCCGCGGCCUCGGCGUCGGAGGAGAUGGACUGUGUGGUGUGCAUGGAGACGGUGCUGCAGAAACCGGACCCGCGGUUUGGAUUGCUGGAUUGCGAGCACUGCGUCUGCCUAGACUGCAUCCGAAAAUGGCGUACAAACGAGCGUAUGGACACCGCCAAGUCCUGUCCAAUCUGCCGCACAACCACGCACGUCGUAACCCCCUCUACCACCUGGCCCCUCACCCCCCAUCACAAACAAUCCAUCAUACAAACCUACAAAUCCCGCCUCAACACCAUCGACUGCAAACACUACGCCCACGGAACCGGAACAUGUCCAUUCGGGACCAGUUGUUUGUACCGACAUGUUGGGGUAGAUGGGGUGGAGGAGAAGGUUAGGUUGAGGCGGGUUGUUGGGGCGGGAGGGGAAGAGCAGGGGGAGGAGGUGAGAAUUUUGGGAGGGGUGAUGUUGGUGGAUUUUUUGGAGAGGUGGGAGGGGCGCAGGUAGGGGUGUCAGGAUUGUGGGUUUGGUUUUAUAUAGAAUGCUUCUCUCUCUCUUUGAUAUCCUUAGGUUUGGUAAGAUAGAUGCGGGGUUUUUUUUAAGGGGGAUACCAUCAUUUUUCACAUAGAUUUUUUUUUGUCAUUUUCCAUUUUUUUCAUCCCUUCUCGUUAUUAGUUGUUUGUCUUCAACACUGCUGAAAAUGCUCAGGGGUCUGUUCGCUCUUACCCUCGCUUCGACGCGCGGCAUUGCUCAUGCUGGCCACCUGCUUCUAUCGCCCCGCCGCUCUGCAUGCUGUCCGCACAUCCAUUGUCAGCACCGAUAAGGCGCGCUAUUCCCGUC